ACAUUGAGGUGCAGAAAUACAACUGAAGACAGAACCCAGUCACCUGGUUCUCAUUUGAGGCCUUCUCUCAUUGGUAUCCUGAGCACUAUUCAGAGGGAAGCUAUUUUUCUUCAACUGACACCAGCAUUGCAAUUUGCUGAACCUUGUGUCCACUGACCAUUCCAAGAGCUAGCUAUCUGAGAUUCCAACAAUGUCUCACCCAUCUUGGCUGCCACCCAAAAGCACUGGUGAGCCCCUUGACCAUGUGCCUGCGCGGAUGGAGACCACCCAUUCCUUUGGGACCCCCAGCAUUUCAGUGUCCACACAACAACCACCCAAGAAAUUUGCACCAGUAGUUGCUCCAAAGCCCAAGUACAACCCAUACAAGCAGCCUGGAGGUGAAGGUGACAUUUUUCCACCCCCGCCUCCGCCUCUAGAUGAUCCUGGUGCUCUUCCAUCCAGGCCUGGAAACUUCCUUCCUCCACCACCCCUUGAUGAAGGUGCUUUCAGGGCACAGGGAAAUCCUGGAGGCAAGACCCUUGAGGAGAGACGUUCUAGCCUGGAUGCCGAGAUAGACUCACUGACCAGUAUCUUGGCCGACCUGGAGUGCAGCUCUCCCUACAAGCCUCAACCCCCACAGGGCUCUGCUAGUUCGACAGCCUCUCCUCCAGCCUCCACCCCUGUCACAGGACACAAAAGAAUGGUUAUACCAAACCAACCCCCUCUAACAGCAACCAAAAAGUCUACAUUGAAAACACAGCCUGCACCCCAGGCUGGACCCAUCCCCAUGGCACCAAUCGGAACACUAAAACCCCAGCCUCCACCGGUCCCCGCCUCCUAUACGACAGCGUCCACCCCUUCCAGGCCUACCUUCAAUGUGCAAGUCAAGUCAGCCCAGCCCAGCUCUCUUUACAUGGCUUCUCCUUCAUCGGGACAAUUUUAUGGCCCAGGCCCGGGACCCCAGGGCUAUAACGCUCCACCAGUUUCUAUCUCUGGGCAGUGCCCACCUCUUUCAACACGCGGGGGCAUGGAUUAUGCAUAUAUUCCACCGCCAGGACUUCACCCUACUGGGUAUGGGUAUACCCCCAAGCAAGGACGGUACUAUGAAGCCUAUUGCCCCACAGGGCCUGGCUAUGGGGGCAAAAAUGACUCUGAUCCGGCUUAUGGUCAACAAGGUCACCCAAUUACCUGGAAGCGGGAAUAAGGGUAUACUCCUUCUGGAACAGGAAACCAGAACCUGGGUGGGAUGUAUCCAGUUCCUGGUCCCAAGAAGACCUAUAUCACAGAUCCUGUUUCAGCACUGUGUGCACCACCACUGCAACAAAAGGGUGGACAAACAGGUUCCAUGGGGCCUCCAGCUGUCCCCAGCUCAUUCCGCCCUGAAGAUGAGCUUGAACACCUGACCAAGAAGAUGCUGUAUGAUAUGGAAGAUGCACCUGCUGAAGAAUACUUUGGCUGCUGUGCUCGCUGUGGGGAGAAUGUCAUUGGGGAAGGGACAGGAUGCACUGCCAUGGAUCAGGUCUUCCAUGUGGACUGUUUUACCUGCAUCAUCUGCAACAACAAGCUCCGGGGACAGCCCUUCUAUGCAGUAGAGAAGAAAGCUUACUGUGAGCCCUGCUACAUUGAGACAACGUUACUUGCUACAGUUUUGCACUGGUCCCCUCCUGCAGUAAAUGUUUGGAGUGGCUGUGAUUUGUUCUCCUUGAUCGAACGUGAGUGA